AUGGUAGCUUAUCAGCGGUUUAGUGAAUUUCGCAUCAAUGUUGGUGCUCGAAACACAAUCGUAUCUAUACUUUCCGGAUUGUUAUUUGCUACUGGAUGGUGGAUAAUGAUAGAUGCCGCUUCCUGCUAUGGAUCAGAAUCGCUUCCUCAUGCGGUCCAUGCAAUUGGAUCCAUCGCUACAGUUGGCUUUAUUCUUCUUAAUAUAAUUCCCCACCAUGCAAUUUCUGGGGAUAUCGAGGACCCGCGGGCAUGUGGUUUCCUGUUCGUUAGCGUUUUGAUCAACUUUGUGACACUGAUCGCAGCCACUUGGGUUAUGUUUGCAUCUUAUGUGACAGGAAAUAUAAAACCAGUUUGGCCCGGUGUUGCUCUCUUCCUGCAAAAUCUCUUCAUUUUUAUUGCUGGCUUCCUAUUCCGGUUUGGUCGCCAUCAUGAUUCGUAUGCCUUUUAA